UUUCCCUCCCUUUCCUCUCCUCCUCCUCCUCCUCAAAAUCUCCCUUCAAUUUCCCGAAACCCUAAUCCUAAUUUCCGUCUUCUGCCUCCAGAUCCAUGUCUAUUAUGGAAGACUUGGACGCCAGACAUGCAGAGGAGCAAGACAACUUCGAAAUUCCGAUGGGAAUUCCGGUUGGAAUUCCGAUGGGGGUGAUGGUGAAGCGGACGAAUCCAGGCGCGGGGGCUCGUAUCUCGACCGUGCUUAAGGAAGAGGUGUCCGAGGAGACGGAUGAGACCGAAAGGCUUCGCGGGUCGAAGGCUCAAUUCUCGGUUAAGGAAGAAGUUCCUGAUAGUCGAGAGAGUUUGACUCUGGUCAAGCAGGAGCCCUCUGAUGUUCCUGAUAGCCAGGAACUUGUUCCGAUUCGGGUCAAGGCAGAGCCCAUCGAGGAGUCGGAGGAGGCGGAGUCUCUGAGCUUAGUGCCGAGUCAGGUUCCUGAGAGUCAAGAGGGUUUGGUCCUAAAUGUGGAACCCAUUACAACCCUGGUCAUGCUGGAGGCCUCUGAGGAGUCAGGUGAAGCUGAAAAGCUUCACAUAGCUAAGCAUGAGAGCCCGUUGAAGAAGGAAGAGAGGCAGAUUCGAAAGGAAGAGAAUGUAAAGAAAAUUCGCUCAGUUUUGGGGCUGGGGCCUGAGAUACGCGAACUUGAUAUUCUCCUAGUGCUCGCUAGAUGCGGUGACAACCCAGAAGCCGCCAUCAAUUACAUUCUCGAAAACUCGAUCUCUUCGCGCAAGGGGCCGGAGCCUAAGAGCCAGGUGAAGAAGGAAGUUCCUGAUUGUCAAGUGAUUUCGGUGCAACAGAUGAGACCCGAGAAUUUGGAAGAUGCAGAUUUCCCUGUGGAGCAGGAUUGGCUUAUGGUGGGAAGGACGUUUAUCACUGCACUUUCAACUUCGAAAGGCAGGAAAUUGGUUGAUAAUGAGAUUGUUCAUUUCACUUUUCCUUGUGCAAACUCAAGCUACAAAACCCAAUGGAUUGUUCGAUUCUCGACCAAACGAUUUGGAGAGAUUGGUCGGCUUCCCAUGGAAUGGGCGAAGACUGUUAUUCCGCUUGUAAGUUCUGGUAAGGUUAAAGUUCGUGGGCGUUGUAUAGCUGCACCGAGUGUCCUUUCUAUGAUGCAAGAGGUUGUAUUGUAUGUAAGUUUUUAUAUUCACCAUUCCAUUUUUACGGAGGGUGACCACUCGUCAUGGAGGCUAGAUGUUUCCCCUGUCAUUAAUACUUCAUUGUAUCCUCUCCUCACUUUGUUCAACUUGCUGAAAAUUCGGCCGUAUCAAAAGGCUGAAUUCACCCCAGAAGAUCUUGAUUCCCGAAAACGUCUAUUGAACAUUGAACGUAUUGAAGAUGGUGCUGCACCAGUGUUGCCCUUAGUGAAACGAAGAAAGGGCACCACCCAACAGCCUUCAGAAGAAAGCAAAGAUGAACAAGUUGUUACAGAAUCAUCUCUAAAUAAACUUGUUGGUGCAGCAGAUGUAUAUGACUUGGAGGAGAUGGAACCGUCAAGUACUCUCACAUGCGUUCUGAAGCCAUACCAGAAGCAAGCUCUCUACUGGAUGUCUGAAUUAGAGAAGGGAAUUGAUGUUGAGAAGGCAGCACAAACCCUUCAUCCUUGCUGGGCAGCCUAUCAUAUUUGUGAUGAGAGAGUUUCUUCAGUCUAUGUGAACAUAUUCACAGGGGAGGCAACCACAAAACUUCCAACUGCAACGCUAAUGGCAAGAGGAGGAAUCCUAGCAGAUGCAAUGGGACUUGGGAAGACUGUGAUGACAAUUGCUCUAAUACUUGCAAGACCAGUCCGAAAAAGCUCUGAAAGUACCGAGAUUACAAAAAGGAGGAGGAUGGAUACAGAUACAAGCACCCCCUUGAAACCAAGGGGGGGCACUCUUGUUGUCUGUCCCAUGUCUUUGUUAAGCCAGUGGAAGGAUGAGCUCGAAACCCAUUCAGAGUCUGGAAGUAUUUCUAUUUUUGUCCACUAUGGUGGGUACAGAACCACUGACCCCAAAACAAUCUCGGCACAAGAUGUUGUCUUGACAACGUAUGGUGUGUUGGCUGCAUCUUAUAAAAGUGAUAAGGAGAACAGUAUUUUCCAUCAGGUUGACUGGUAUAGGGUGGUGCUUGAUGAAGCACAUACCAUUAAGGCUUCAAAAACCCAAGCAGCUCAGGCUGCUUUUGCCUUGUCCUCGCAUUGUCGAUGGUGCUUGACAGGAACCCCUAUUCAGAACAAUUUGGAAGACCUCUACAGCCUCUUAUGCUUCUUGCAUGUCGAACCGUGGUGUAACUGGUCAUGGUGGAGUAAAUUAAUUCAAAAACCAUAUGAGAAUGGUGAUCCAAGAGGACUGAGAUUGAUCAAGGCUAUUUUGAGGUCACUAAUGCUAAGAAGAACAAAGGAGACAACAGAUAAAAAAGGAAGGCCCAUACUUGUUCUCCCUCCAGUCGACAUUCAAACCAUCAAGUGUGAACAGUCGGAUGCUGAACGCUACUUCUACGAUGCCCUUUUUAAGAGAUCAAAAGUCCAGUUUGAUCAAUUUGUAGCGCAAGGCAAGGUUCUUCACAACUAUGCAAAUAUCCUUGAGCUGCUACUUCGAUUGAGGCAGUGUUGCAAUCACCCGUAUCUUGUUAUGAGUAGCGCUGAUUCACAAAAGAUAAAAAGUCGGAAUGAUCCACACAAGUUUGCGGACUUUGAAAAUCUUGCCAGAAAAUUCCUUGAAGCUAGUCAUGAUUCUUCCAGUUCAAAGCAGAUUGUCCCCACUCAAGCCUACGUUGAAGAGGUUGUGGAGAGUAUCCGUCGUGGUGAAAACAAAGAGUGUCCCAUAUGCUUGGAAUUUGCAGAUGAUCCUGUACUUACACCAUGCGCACACAAGAUGUGCAGAGAGUGUCUUCUCUCAAGCUGGCAGACACCAGCUACUGGUCGAUGCCCAAUCUGUCGGCAAUGGCUUGCAAACACUGACCUUAUUACCUGCCCAUCAGAAAGCCGUUUCCAGGUUACCGAUGAGGAAAACUGGACAGAAUCUUCCAAGGUUGCAAAGCUAUUGGAUUUCUUGGAACGUAUUCUUCGGUCAGGUUCUGGUGCAAAGAGCAUUGUGUUCAGUCAGUGGACUACUUUUUUGGAUCUCUUGGAGUCCCCUAUGAAGAAAAGAGGAAUUGGAUUUCUGAGGUUUGAUGGAAAGCUGUCUCAGACACAGAGGGAGAGGGUUUUAAACGAGUUCAACGACAGCAGGGGGAAAAUGGUGUUGCUGACAUCCUUGAAAACGGGUGGUGUUGGUCUAAAUUUAACUGCAGCAUCUAAUGUCUUUAUAAUGGAUCCGUGGUGGAAUCCUGCUGUAGAGGAGCAAGCGAUAAUGAGAAUUCAUCGCAUUGGCCAAAAGCAAACUGUUGUAGUCAGAAGAUUUAUUGUCAAGGACACCGUGGAGGAGCGAAUGCAACAAGUUCAGGCGAGGAAGCAGAGAAUGAUUGCCGGAGCUCUCACUGACGAGGAAGUUCGUUCUGCCAGAAUUGAGGAGCUCAAAAUGCUUUUCACCUAAGUCAUUAUAUAUAGCUAUCCAAAAAGAGAGUUUGCAGCAUUUGGGGCUUUUCUGUGUACUAGUUGGUCUAAAAGUCCCCAAUUUUGUAAAUCAUGGGGCCUUCUCUCUUUCUAUUUAUAUUUUUGGUCCGAACACUCGAGCAAAUUCAUAUGAAAUUAUGCGAAUAUUCUGAAAA